AUGGAUGGUACCGCUUCAGUCGCAUCAGUCGUCUCUCUCGACGAGAGCGAACCUCACUUCUACAAAAUCUCACCCGACGAGAUGAACAAACUCAAGCACAGUCUCACCCUCAUGGAAGAUCGUAUGAGAAGUCUGUGGAUCUUGAUGGGGCGCGCACACAUUGAUCCUAUCCUCAAUGAGCUCUCUACUGUGAACGUCACUCUCGCAAAGGCCGAGAAAGUUCCUGAGGACCUGACACCCGAUCCUUCCGAGUCUGGAGACUACUAUACCGAACUGGAUGAUCCUGAGCCUAAGCCCGAGCCUCAGCACGUCAGGCCCGGCAUAGACGGAUUUCUCAUCCGAACUGGCAUGGCCGCGAUUCUCGGCGACAUGAUUGAUGAACUCAAGGAUCUCAAAUCAGCCGAUGCCACCGCCAUGAUGGAAUGCAUUGAGGAACUAGAAUAUGACAUGGCGCAGGAGCUUCAUGUUGUUAUUCAGGAGGCUGCUGAGAGAACCCCCGAAUUCAUCAAAAGAUUCGAGGCCAAUGCCCGAAAGCUUACAAUUGAGUUCUUUACCAAGAAGUGGCAAGAAAAUGCGCUUGAAAGGAUAACAAAUACAUUCAAGCAGAUCUGAGAGUGCGGUCUGAAGCUUGAAAGGUGAAAGUAGAAGCUUACUACCGUUUCCUACAAACAUGAAGAAGUGGCACAAGAAUAGCAAGUAAGAGACAAUGAAAGACACAUGGCUGGAGAAUACGGAUAUCAGAUGCACAAAAGGAGCUGCCAUAGAGCUUUUUUCGCUGUCUCAAAAGAAUGCAGAUGUUGUAGCGAUCAGUACAAAGCAAAGC